UGCGUUACAUCAGUUGAGUCUGGUAAUUUAAAUCUGAUUCAGUUCUUUGUAGUUGAAAGAAUAUGUUGUGGCUUGUUGGAUCAAGAUCGCCAUAAUGGGUACCUACACAACAAUGCUGAUAUUGGUUGUUGUUUCGUUGACGGAUGGAUCAACUUCAAGUGGGCCGAUGCGUUCAUCUUACUACGCCACCCCGGCGUCGUCCUACCCCAAAAUGGCGCCCUAUUUCACUACGAUAGCGCCUUUAUUACGUAAACUAUUUGCUUACAACGCUGCAAUCCAGCCCUAUCGCAUCACGGUGACUGCUGGCUACCCUACUGUGACCCAAGCCUACCCCAUCAUGGCACCAUCCUACUCCACUAUGUCCCCGAACUACCCUUCUUUGGCUCCAGCCUACUCUUCUAUGACCCCAACCUACCCUGCUACGGCACCAGCUCGUCCUGCAAUGGCUCCAACCUACCCCGCGUUGGCUCCAGCCUACUCUACUAUGACCCCAGCCUAUACCACUGUAGCCCAAGUUUUCCUUACUACGACUCCAUCCUACCCCUCAAUGGUAUCUUCCUACACUAAAAUGAAUCCCGUCUUUCCUACGAUGGUAUCACCGUACGCUACGAUGGAUCUUGUUUCCCCUGCAAUGGUUUCCACCUAUUUUACCCCACGAGGGCUCCCCCCAACGCUCAAGGGUUCCCUGCUUACCUUUCCUAUACUACGGUAGUACCUCCUUCAUCUACCACGCCACCUUACUACACCACAGUAGAGUCUCAUUACACUGCCAUUGCGCCUUCCUACCCCAUGGAACCACCCUACUACACCACCCUGAUGCCUUCCCACACUACACUGUCAUCUUGUUACUCUACCAAGUCAUCCUACAUCGCUAACCCUGAGCCUCUUUCCACUACUCCAAUGUCUUUCUCUCUCGUUAUGGCCUCUUCCCCUCCUAUUAUGACGCCUUCUUCAUCUACACUGUCCCCUUACUACACCGAAAAUGAAAGGUAUUACAGUAAGGUGGCGCCGUUUUACCCCACAAUUUUACCCUAUGCUACACCGACUCCUAAAAGCAUGAUCCUAUCCUUUCACUCUACCAUGGGGCCUUCCUACCCCACAAUAACCUUCUUCUCCAUUAUAACAGCUGCCUAUUACACUACGGUGACACCUUUUUAUGAUGAAAGAUCGUAGGCUACUACACCACAAUAGCGCCGUACCACCGCCCUUUGAUGCCUGCUUACCCUACACUGGCUCCGGCCUCUAGUACGAUGGUUCCUUACUACACCACAAAGUAUACUACUCCGAGUUAUGACACGGAGGCCUAUUCGUAAUAGUCCGACACCUAAAAUUCCACAGCUUCCCUUUUACGUGAAGCUAGUCGCUAUUUAUGUGUGCCCAAUUUCUUGCCGCAUUACGUGUCUGUGUUGAGUGUUUAUUGUUUUCUGUUUUCUGUGAGAAUUAUAUUUAGAAUAAAUAUUA